CUAUAAAUACCUUCUCCCAUAGCUUCAUUACCUUCACACUUCAUCUACACCUUUUGUAUUGUAACCACCACACACGUGAUCACAACAACAAACACACACACACAGGCUUACCUUAAAAGCAUGUUUCAUAAAACAGAAGAUGCAGCCAUGAUGGAAGAUGGAAAGAAGAGGAUCACAGGGAGAGUGGUCUUGCAGAAAAAGAACGUGUUGGAUUUUAAUGACUUAGGUGCAUCAGUUCUUGAUCGAGUGCAUGAGGUGUUUGGUAGAAACAUCUCUUUCCAGCUCAUUAGUGCAAUUCGUCCGGAGCACGAAUCCUCAGAAGGGAGGUUGAAAGGAAAGCUUGGAAAUCCCGCCAUCUUGGAAGACUGGAUUACCACAAUUACCCCUCUCACAGUGGAGGACACCGAGUAUGAAGUUAGCUUCGAAUGGGACGAUAAGAUAGGUGUUCCAGGGGCAUUUCUUGUAAAAAAUCGUCACCAUAGUGAAUUUUACCUUAAGACCCUCACUCUACACGAUGUUCCUGGCCAUGGACAUGUCCAUUUUAUUUGUAAUUCAUGGGUGUAUCCGUCAAAAUAUUACCUUAAGGACCGUAUUUUCUUUUCAAAUAAGGCAUAUCUACCUGGUGAAACUCCCGAGUUACUAGGUCCAUAUAGAGAAGAAGAACUGGUUAUCUUGAGAGGUAAUAGAUCUGGGGAGCUCAAGGAAUGGGACAGAGUUCAUGAUUAUGCCUUCUACAAUGAUUUGGGAGAUCCAGAUCAUGACCUAGAUGAUGCAAGACCCGUUCUUGGAGGGUCAACUGAGUACCCGUAUCCUCGUAGGGGUAGAACAGGAAGACCAGCAACCGAAUCAGAUCCCGAAACUGAGAGCAGGAUUCCACUUAUUAAUAGCUUAAGCAUAUAUGUUCCAGCAGAUGAAAGAUUUAGACACGUGAAGUUGUCUGACUUUCUUGGUUUUGGACUGAAGUCCACUGGUCAAUUCCUUGUCUCCGAGCUUGAGGCUCUAAUUGAUAGCACUCCUCAUGAAUUUGAUUCUUUUGAAGAUGUGUUGAAGGUUUAUGAAGGAGGAAUCAAGCUGCCAUUUCUUGAGAAAGCUCGGAAAAAAAUCCAUUUAGAGUUGUUGAGAAUAAUUUCUCAAACAGAUGGCGAGGGAGUUUUGAAAUUCCCCAUGCCACAAGCUAUUAAAGGGGAUAAAUCUGCAUGGAGGACCGAUGAAGAAUUUGCAAGAGAAAUGUUGGCUGGUGUCAACCCUGUCAGCAUUCGUCUGCUCAAAGAGUUUCCUCCAACAAGCAAGCUAGAUGUCAAAGUCUAUGGUAACCAAAAUAGUUCCAUAAAACCUUACCACAUUGAGUCAAAGCUGGAUGGAUUGGAGAUAGAAGAGGCGAUCAAGACCAAUAAACUAUAUAUUUUAGACCACCAUGAUUCGUUAAUGCCAUAUGUGAGGCGAAUAAAUGCAACAUCCAACAAGAUUUAUGCCACACGAACUUUGCUAUUUUUACAAAAAGAUGGAACUCUAAAACCAUUAGCAAUUGAACUAAGCUUGCCUCAUGAAGGAGGAGAUGAUCUUGGUACCAUUAGUAAAGUUUACACUCCAUCUGAACAUGGAGUUGAAAGCUCCAUUUGGCAGUUGGCCAAAGCAUAUGUUGCAGUGAAUGACUCGGGUGUUCAUCAACUCAUAAGUCACUGGUUGAAUACGCAUUGUGCUAUUGAGCCGUUUGUGAUUGCAACUAAUAGGCAACUAAGCGUGCUUCACCCAAUUCAUAAACUUCUACAACCUCAUUUCAAGGAUACUAUGAACAUUAAUGCCUUCGCAAGACAAAUCUUGAUCAAUGGUGGAGGUCUUCUUGAGGCAACCGUUUUCCCAGGGAGAUAUGCAAUGGAAAUGUCAUCUGUGUUAUACAAGGAUUGGGUGUUCCCUGACCAAGCACUCCCUGUUGAUCUUGUUAAAAGGGGAAUGGCGAUUGAGGACUCAAAUAGUCCCCAUGGACUCCGUUUACUGAUUGAGGAUUACCCAUAUGGUGUUGAUGGUCUUGAAAUUUGGUUUGCUAUCAAAACAUGGGUUGAAGACUACUGUAGCUUCUACUACAAGAAUGAUGAUAUGGUACAAAAUGACAUAGAACUCCAAUCAUGGUGGAAGGAGCUUCGAGAAGAGGGACAUGGCGACAAGAAACAUGAGACAUGGUGGCCGAAAAUGCAUACAUGUGAUAAUUUAAGGGACACUUGCACUACAAUAAUAUGGAUAGCUUCUGCUCUUCAUGCAGCUGUUAAUUUUGGGCAAUACCCGUAUGCUGGAUACCUUCCUAAUCGUCCAACAAUUAGUCGUCGUUUAAUGCCUGAACCAGAUACCCCAGAGUAUGAUGAACUUCUAGAGGAUCCAGAUAAUGUCUUCUUGAAAACAGUGACAGCUCAGCUUCAAUCGCUUAUUGGCAUAGCUUUGAUAGAGAUUUUGUCCAGUCAUCCAGCAGAGGAGGUAUAUCUUGGACAAAGUGGGUGCCCUAAUUGGACAAUGGAUUCGGAACCUUUGAAAGCUUUUGAGAAAUUUGGGAUGAAGCUCAGAGAAAUCGAGGGGAGGAUUGUGGAAAGAAACAAUGAUGGAAGUUUGAAGAAUAGAGUUGGACCGGUUGAAGUACCAUAUACGCUUCUUUAUCCUUCUAGCAAAGAGGGACUUACAGGAAUGGGAAUCCCAAAUAGUGUGUCGAUAUGAAGGAGUAUAUCAAUAUCAAUCAAUCAAUCGUCGCAUAUUUCAUUCAAUUUAUACAAAAUAUUUUAUCUUUCAACCGAAU